AUGGGUUUUCCUUGGUAUCGUGUUCAUACCGUUGUAUUGAAUGAUCUCGGACGGUUGCUUUCUGUUCAUAUAAUGCAUACAACUUUGGUUGCUGGUUGGGCCAAUUCUAUGGCCAUGUAUGAAUUAGCUGUUUUUGAUCCUUCUGACCCUGUUCUUGAUCCAAUGUGGAGACAGGGUAUGUUCGUUAUACCCUUCAUGACUCGUUUAGGAAUAACCAAUUCAUGGGGUGGUUGGAGUAUCAUGGGGGGGACUAUAACCAAUCCGGGAAAACCUUCUUUGGAUUUGCCCAAGAUCUUUGGAAUACAUUUAUUUCUUGCAGGUGUGGCUUGCUUUGGUAUUGGAGCAUUUCACGUAACAUGUUUGUAUGGUCCUGGCAUAUGGGUGUCCAAUCCUUAUGGACUAACAGGAAAAGUACAAGCUGUAAAUCCAUCAUGGGGUGUGGAGGGUUUUGAUCCUUUUGUUCCGGUAGGAAUAGCCUCUCAUCGUAUUGCGGCAGGGACUUUGGGCAUAUUAGCAGGCCUAGUCCAUCUUAGUGUCCGCCCGCCCCAACGUCUACAAAAAGGAUUGCGUAUGGGCAAUAUUGAAACUGUCCUUUCCAAUAGCAUCGCUGCUGUCUUUUUUGCAGCUUUUGUUGUUGUCGGAACUAUGUGGUAUGGUUCAUCGACUACCCCCAUCAAAUUAUUUGGGCCUACUCGUUAUCAAUGGGAUCAAGGGUACUUCCAACAAGAAAUAUAUAGAACAGUUAGUGUUGGGUUAGCCGAAAAGCAAAGUUUAUCAGAAGCUUGGUCUAAAAUUCCUGAAAAAAUAGCCUUUUAUGAUUACAUCGGAAAUAAUCCGGCAAAAGGGGGAUUAUUCAGGGCAGGCUCAAUGGAUAACGGGGAUGGAAUAGCGGUUGGAUGGUGA